AUGAUUGAUUGUAGACCGGUUGACAGUCCUAUGGACUCAAAUCAAAAAUUAAGAACAGAAGAAGGUGAGUUAUUCUCUGACCCGGAGAGAUAUAGGAGGUUUGUUGGAAAACUAAUCUAUCUCACUAUUAAUAGGUUGGAUCUAUCUUUUGUAGUUGAAGUGGUUAGUCAGUUCAUGCAAGGUCCAUGUGUUGGCCAUUGGAAUGUUAUCAUUCACAUCCUAAGGUAUGUAAAAAAGGCUUCCGGGCAAGGGCUGUUAUAUGAAGAAAAAGGAAGCCUUCAGGUAUCAGGAUAUUGUGAUGCCGAUUGGGCAAGUUCUCCUAUUGAUAGAUGA